GCGAAAAAGAAGAAGCAGUCACAUGAUACAGGAAGUAAACCAAACAGAGCAAUGAGAGAUAAAUAUUCAACUAUCAGUUUCUAACCACAUUUCUGUUAUAAACUGUACACAAAUAAUUACAUUUUACAGUUUCAGUAAACAGGCAUUUAAAGUGAAAUAGCAUGAAAGGCUUAUUUUGCCGAACCAAUGGGGGCGAGCUGAAAUUCGUCAUUCAGGAGACGACUCUUCCUGAGGUCUUAGGCAGCCAUGAGGUCAGAGUUCAAGUGAAGGCGUGUGGACUCAGCCCUCUGGACCUCAAGUUUCUCCAAGAUGUGGGCAUGCAAAGGGAUUUGAUACCCGUGGGCAGGGAGGUGGCCGGCGUCGUACGAGAAGUGGGUUCCAAAGUUUCCUUCUUCCAGCCAGACGAUGAGGUUGUCGGUAUUCUUCCUCUGGACUCCACCUGCUCUGGCCUGUGUGAUGUCAUCGACGUGGAUGAACAGUAUCUAGUUGAGAAGCCAAACAAGCUCAGCUACGUAAAUGCUGCCGGAGCGCUGCAGGAUGGUCUCCGUGCGUACAGCGCCCUUCACACUCACGCUCGCAUGGCGGCCGGGCACACGCUCCUGGUGAUGGACGGCGCCAGCUCUUUUGGCUUGAUGUGCAUCCAGCUGGCGUGUUAUCACGGCGUGAAGGUUCUGACCACGUCACACUCAGAGCAGCAGCACACCUUCUUGGAGCAGCUGAGGCCCAGUGUAGGUGUUCAAGAGCCUCUUGUCGCCAGGGUGAUUCCCGUCUACAAAAACCCAUCAGACCUCCUUCCUGUCGUCCUGGAGGAAACCGGGGGCCUGGGAGUGGACAUAGUCGUGGACUCUGGAGUACUUUUGCAGGAAAAGGAGGAGCCAGAGGAACUGAUGCUCCUCCCACACAAGCAUGACAUCAUCAGUGUUUUAGCAGUGGGGGGGCACUGGGUGACAGCCCACCAAGAUCUGCAAUUGGACCCCCCUGACUGCAGACUGAUCUUCUUGAAGUCCGCCUGCGUGUCUUUCCUCAACCCUGAAGCCUGGUCCGUGGCGGCGGCCCAGCAGGGACGAUAUCUACAUAUAUUGAAGGACAUCAUGGACAAGAUGUCAUCUGGAGUGCUCAGACCCCAGCCCGAGGCGGCGGCGUCUCUCCAGGAAGCCACAGUUGCCAUGGAGAGUGUGCAGCUUCAGCACAUAAAAAAGACUGUUGUGCAACUAUAAACAGCCGACUGGUAAGGUGUGUGGCGUUGAUGGACUUCCUUUCCAUUCUUAUCAGAACACAAUUUGAGGCGAAGAUAUUCCAGGUAGGUUUAGGAGAGGCAUCUUGUUGGUACACUUCCAAGUUGAGAGUUACAACAACACAGUGACAGUUUAAAAGACGGAUAAAAACUGUGUUUGGUGCCAUUGUGAUUAAAGUCAUCUUUGUCAAUGUCAGAGUCAAGGUCGGUCUCUCUGGCGGUCGUUCCGAAUGCUUGCAGUCAAACAUCAGCUUGCAUACUUCCUAUCGCUUGGCUUGGCGACACACUUGCCUCUCCAAGCGAUUGUCGUAGCGACUCCAGGCAGCUUCCCAGGAUGCAUUUCUCCUCCAGCCGCAGUGACUCCACAACCUGCAGAUGCUCUUUCGGUUCCUCCCCUUGCUGGAGAAGCCUGGAGAUCUGAAAGAAUAAGCAAUGACCAGCGUGUGUGUGUGUGUUAGGGGUAUAAACGUCUUAGUGGUACAAUACAAUAAAUGAACGAUUUGACACAAUUCUAUGGUUACAUUUGUUGAUGUAGACAAUGGAUAUCAAUUUUGGAAAUACGAGUCAACAUACAGGGCUGCACGGCAGUCGAGUGGUUAGCGCGUAGACCUCACAGCUAUGAGACCAGGGUUCAAUUCCACCCUCGGCCAUCUCUGUGUGGAGUUUGCAUGUUUUUCUCCGGGUACUCCGGUUUCCUCCCACAUUCCAAAAACAUGCUAGGUUAAUUGGCCACUCCAAAUUGUCCAUACGUAUGAAUGUGAGUGUGAAUGGUUGUUUGUCUAUAUGUGCCCUGUGAUUGGCUGGCCACCAGUCCAGGGUGUACCCCGCCUCGUGCCCCAAGACAGCUGGGAUAGGCUCCAGCAACCCCCGCGACCUUCGUGAGGAAAAGCGGUAGAAAAUGAAUGAAUCAACAUACAGUUUCCAACGGCACUUUCUCCCACGCUGCACAGAUAGCCUACUCUACUUUAUAUUUGUCCCAAAUGCAUAAACCAGGGGUGUCAAACUCAGCCGGUCACUAAAGCAGGUGAUUUUAAUGAUUAACCUUCCUUUGAUAUGAGGGAAGUAGCUCGUCAAUGAAAUCACCUGCUGGAGAAACUGCUUGGAAAGAAAACCUUCAGUGCUUAUGCCACACGUGUCGACAGGGGGCCGAAGGGUUAAAUUCGAUGAUUUUAUGGAGUGCUAAUAUUUGUUCAGUGCACAGUCUCUCUGAAAAACAAAAGUCAAGGCUGGUACUGGUGGCUGGUACAAUAACUAAGAUACAUAAUAUGGCUAUAA